GUUGGAUUUCUUCUGGAAAAUGGAGUAGAUAUUACCCUUUGCAAUUAAAGAAAUCAAACCGCGGUCCAUGUGGCUAGUUGUGAUGUCCAAAGGCAACUCUUGGCCAUCAGUGGAAUCCAGGCUCCCCAAAUGCAACUUCUUCAAAGUUCAUGGCAAGAUGACCUUGAACAACUUCAACACUUGCUGGCAUCUGAAGAGUUCCUAGAUAUAAAUUUCCCAAACCAACAUGGCUUCACCCCUCUGAUGCUGGCUGUGAGAGAUGUGGACCUGUUUGAGAGUCUUUAUAUGUUAACCCUCUGUAGACCUGCGGAGGUUCUGUCUGAGCUCCUCAGGCAUCACGCAGACCCUAAACUCUGUGAUUUUAGUGGAAAAUAAGCAAUACAUUAUGUGUCACAAAUAGGAAGUUUCAGAAAACAGCAGUUAUUGGACAUUCUAAUGAAUUCUAUGCCAAAACCAGAAAGACAUGUUGAAUCAUUGCUUGACAUUUGUCAUGAUACAAACUCUUCUCCAACUGAUAUGAUGACAGUUACUAAAAACCAAAACAUAAUCUUGCAAAGCAUUAGCAGCAGGAAGGAGUUUGACCAAGAUGAUGUCUGCACUCAUUAACUGAUUAGUGAAAAGGGAGAUCCAAGUGGUGAUGGACAAGACUGGCAACCCAGGACAGAAGGACAAGUGGAAAACACAGAAAAUCAGAUAACCUCAGUGCAUCAGGAAUGGGUACCAGCACAUUCUGUUUCACUUCCAAAUGAAAUUGAGAUGGUAGGCUCCAGGACAAAUAUGGUGACCAGGCAGCCUUUACUCCUGAAGAAAGAGGAACAUUACCAGGAGCUCUGCAAUGUGAACUUGGGCUUUUUUUUGCCAAGACCUUGCUUAGAACCGAACAUCUCCAAGUCUGUAGCCAGAGAAGAUGUUCCUCACUUUCUGAAGGGGCAGCCGAGAAAAUCUGAAGUGUUUUCCUCUUCUAAUAUGAUGUAUAGUGCCGGAGAAUUGAGGUACUGCUUACCACCAUUGUCACCCCUGCCUGUGAGAUCUGGUCUCCUUACUAUACCCCCAAAUCAUAAGGAUCAGAAAGAGAGAGAAAGAAAUAUUCCAAGCUUCAUAUCUUUCAUACCUAAGUUCUCAGAGCCUGUUAGUUGAUCUGAUGAGUUUAGACCAUCAAACAAGCAGAAGGAAGCACCGUUCAAGGUGUUGGAGGAUCAGACUCUCAGGUCAUUUGAUAACUCUAUCUGGUCCAGAAACAUGUGCUCUUUUUGGAAAGCUCACCAUCACAGACAACACCUGGAGACAGAGGAGAGUAGGAAAUCCAAGGAAACAGAGCGAUGUGUCAGCAUUGAAAUCUCUCACUUUGAAAAAGGACAGUCUUUGGUGUCCUUUGAGAAUUUCAAGGAAGGCAAUUUUCCUACAGAUAGGGAAGUGGAUAUUGACUGCCAUGGUGCUGAAGUGAGAAGAGCAGAAGAGAACACUUAAUCUCUUUCAUCAGCAAAGAAAGAGGGUUCAGUAGCCAGAAACUAUGAACAAGAUUCAGAAGCUGGAUAUAUCAAACCAGUCAAGUUCCAAGAAGCCCUGCAUUCAGAAAUAACUCUAAGCCAGGAUGAAGGGACUAGAAAUGAUAAAGCUGAUUCAAAAACUGCUUCAGCACAUAAAGGGGAAGUAAUUGAGCCAAAUCAUAUUUCAGAAGAGUAUACUGUUCUUAAAAGUUUGUCCAAUAUAGUUCCUCAGGACCCCAUUGAAAAGCUCCCAGAAGAUCACAGAAACAUGGAGACAAACAUAAAAAUAUCAGUAGCAGAGGCAACCAAACCAGUAAUGAAUGGGAUGGUGCUUCUUAUCCACAUCAAUUUCCCUGGAGAUGAAACUCCCAAGGAACCAACAAUAACUAAACCAAGCCUCCAAAAAACAAAGGACACCCUUCAUAACAACAGUAGCUUCAACAUACUUGCAGAUCGAAAUGACAGGCAUAAAAUGAAAACCCAUAGAAAUAAGUUGGAUUCAAAGACCAAGGUCAGUAACAGGACACCUCAGAAUUUCAUGGUUUCCAUUGAAAGUCCCAUGAAGCCUACCAUGCACAAUAGCAUAAAAACUCAACUUUUUCCUGCUCUGGGGCUUGUGGACCCCAGACCUCGGCAAUCACCAAAGUUUCAAAAGAGAAUGCCACAGAUAGAAAAGAAGCAAUCCACUUACCGGGCUUUGGAACCUAAAAAGCAAUCAUUCCCUUGCAUCUGUAAAAAUCCAGGAAUAAAAAAGUCUUCUGGGGCUUCCCUGCCUGUAAGUAGCAAUGACACUGAAAAUGGUGAUGGUAUUUCAGAACCAGAAUAGCAGGUAAAGUCUUCAGGAAAUGACUUUCUAUCUUCCAAAGAUGAAGUUCAGCCCAUGAACAUGGUUCAGACUCAUGAGCAGUCCAUCGAACAGAACAAAUUCCUUCCUGUCUCAGAUUUGUCCAUUGUUGAGGAAGUUGAUGAAGGAGACAUUUCUAGCAAUCAGAUACUUGCCACGAGCCUCAGAGAUCUGCAUGAACACCAAGAGCAACAUCACCAAACCCCAUUUGUCCUUUCAGAAAACAGCUGGGCACUGCCCAGUGAGAAGAGUUCCAGCAAGCAUGUACUGCAAGAAAAGCAGACUAUAGUAUCUCCUGGUGAAACUAAUGCCAAUCAAAUUUUAACUAACGAUGUAGAGUUUGAUAGUGUUUCAGAUAAGUCUAAAACACUUAUGAGUUUCUCUUUCCAAGAGAAACAAGAAAGUGCAUCUUCUCAAGCAUAUCAACGUUGGGCACAUUCUUUGGAUCAUGUUAGUUUGGCUAAUAAGUCAAUUCCAUGUCAAACAUUUGGAAAAACCUUAAAUGAUGCAUAUUCAAUUUCCCAAGAAAUUCUAGACCCUGUAAAGAAUGAAGAAUCGUCAGAUGAACUGUUAGGUUGUCUAGCUGCAGACCUACUAGCUCUUGAUGAGAAAGAUAACAACUCUUGCCAAAUAAUGGCAGAUGAAACAGAUCCUGAAAGCCGAAAUCAUGCCCUCAGUAAGAGAGGAAAUACCAUGCAAGAAUUAGGCGGAGAGACAACUGUCAAAAUACAGAGAUACAGUAAUGGCUUUGGAAUAUGUGACAAAGAGGAGAGAUUUUUCAACUCACAUGAAAAGAAGACAUUUUCUGAAAACAGUUUAAAGUAUGAAGAACCUAUCCUGUGGACCAAGGGUGAGACCCUUGGGAAGGGAGCCUACGGCACAGUAUAUUGUGGUCUUACUUGCCAAGGACAGCUAAUAGCUGUAAAACAGGUGGCUUUGGAUACCUCUGAUAAAUUAACUACUGAAAAAGAAUAUGGGAAACUGCAGGGAGAAGUAGAUUUGCUCAAAGCACUGAAACAUGUCAACACUGUGGCCUAUUUGGGGACAUGCUUGGAGGAGAACAUUGUAAGCAUUUUCAUGGAGUUUGUUCCUGGUGGCUCAAUCUCUAGUAUUAUAAACAAUUUUGGGCCAUUGCCUGAGAUUGUGUUCUGUAAAUAUACAAAACAAAUUCUGCAAGGUGUUGCUUAUCUCCAUGAGAACUGUGUGGUGCAUCGAGAUAUCAAAGGAAAUAAUAUUAUGCUUAUGCCAACUGGAAUAAUAAAACUGAUUGACUUUGGCUGUGUCAAGUGUUUGGCCUGGGCUGGCUUAAAUGGUACCCACAGUGACAUGCUGAAGUCCAUGCAUGGGUCUCUGUAUUGGAUGGCUCCGGAAGUCAUCAAUGAGUCUGGCUAUGGACAGAAGUCAGACAUCUGGAGCAUUGGCUGCACUGUGUUUGAGAUGGCCACAGGGAAGCCCCCAUUAGCUUCCAUGGACAGGAUGGCAGCCAUGUUUUACAUUGGCGCACACCGAGGGAUGAUGCCUCCUUUACCAGAACACUUCUCAGAAAAUGCAGCAGAUUUCGUGCGUGUGUGCCUCAACAGGGACCAGCAUGAGCGACCUUCUGCUGUCCAGCUCCUGAAGCACUCCUUCUUGAAGUCAUUGAACAUACAUCAGGACUUUCUUCCCAGCUCCACUAUAGAUUACUCCGUUACUGCUUCAUUGCGGAAAUGA